GGUCCGCUGCUGAAGCACUCCCUUUCUGCCUUAGUUUUAGUGCUGGGCUACUGAGUAAUCUUUCACCCACAUAACUUGAAGGACAAUUCCACCAACCACUGGGGGUGAUGCUGUUGAGACGAAGACAUGUGAUAGCAUCGCAAAACGAUGGCCAGGACUCGUGGAAAAUUGAACCCAGAUAUUCCACUAAAGUUCUCAUUGGAAACUGGCUGGAAGACAGGAAAAGGGAAAGAUCCAGCCCUGUGGAGUUCAGGAAAGACACUGGGGAACUGAACCACAGCAUAUACAGAAAAGACUUCGUUUCCUUCCCAGAUCACAAACCAGACCAAACACUAAGGAGAGCCAUGGUGCAAAAAAUGGAGGGCCUGCCAAGGCAGCACUGUUUCACCCAUCAUGAAGAGCCAAGGAACCGCAAUUUAGUAUCGGAGUAUGAUGAUAAAUACAACAGACACAGUUACAACCCUGUGCUGCCUCCCCUGCGCAAGUGGAGUGGACCCAAGUCUUCCUGGAUUCCUCAGAAAUCAGAUUUCCCCAUUACUGAACCACCCACUAACUAUGGCCUUCUUGAGCACCUGAUGAAAAAAUGGCACAAGAAAGAAGCUGGAGUGAUGAACAGUGUUUACACCACUUCCUAUGAAACCCUACCGAUUCCUGCUUUUGCUACUCAUCAUUGAAGACGACCACCUAAAACCCCUGUUCUCCCUUUCAUCCAGGGAAGUCCUCCCCAAAAUGUUAGUGGAAUCCUGGACUAUGAAAGGCUUAGAAAUAUCUGCAAGUCAUCAGCUGACUGGUGUGAGCCAGCAGAGCAAAGGGACGCCUCUGUCUAAACUGCUUAGGGUGAUCUUAAGUACUACUUAAUAUAGCUUUGCUCAUGGAUGUGGGAAUGAUCUGUUCCAUGCAGAAGCAAUGAGAAUUAGGUUAUCUAGGCAGAGGGCUGUCUACUAGUUAGAACAAGUUGCUGGCUGCAUUCUGACCUGCAGAUGGCUGGGAAAUUUUCAGAACAUAUUAAACCACUGAAAAAACAACCUAA